UAAAAUCUUUUUAAGAAAUAAAAAAGUAAAAGACAAUUUAGGCAAAGUAAAAACAAAAAAAAACUAUUCUCUAAAUCAACCAGAAUUCUUAAUGGUGAUGUAAAAAUACAAGAGGAAAACCAACAACAAUUUUUAAAUGUGGUUUUAGUUAACUAAACUCUUUAAAUGCUCUGCUGUUACUGUUACCGCUGCCAACGUCUCUUUAGCGUGUGAAGAGAUAAAUAUAUAAAUAAUAAAAAAGUUGAAGAUAUAUUAUAUAAAGCUUAUAACGAAUCUUUUCAUACCCAUCACUUACACUGAUCUUAAUAGUAAAAUUAAUGUGCAACAAGUGCGUGAGAGUUGAAAUUUUGGAGGCUCUAGUGAUUUUAUGUUUAUCUUAAAAUUUAUGGAUAAAGGACUCUUCAAUAGCUUUUUGCAGAUUAAUCGACUCCCGACGAGCGGCUCUUAAAAAUGUUGUUAUAUAUAUAUAGUACAAAAUGAACAAAUGAAGAUACAACACCUUAAACACACAUUGCACCGCAUUCAUAUGGCAAAUCAUUAGUAUAUUUACGAAAAUAAGAAACGUUUUUCAUCCUUUUUUGUUUUGGCUGACACAACAACACUCUUGCUAAGUAAUUCUCUGCAUCGUUUCUUAAAUUAUAUCACAAAUCGGCGGACAUCAAUCCUAACCUUAGUUGAAUAAUAAUUAAUGGGAAAAAUGCAAGUGCAAGUGCCUGAGCAUGUUGUGUCGCUAUAUGUGGCAACGUAUGGACAAAAUGGGCCCGGUUUAGGAUCUGAUGAAAAGGAAAUAAUAUUAUUGGUCUAUGUGAUUUUAGAAGCAACAACAGGUCAAAUUAUUGGUACCAAACAAAUUUUGGUACGUCCUGAUGGGUGCUUAUUCAAAGAUCGGACCAAUUCUGUAUCGUCGGAGACAUCGAAUUCGGCAAUAUCACCGCCACCACCACCAUCAUCAUCAACAACAACAUCAUCACAACCGAAAUCAUCAUUGGCCAUCACUUACACGGAUGCUAUCAACAAUGUUAACAAAAGUGUUAAUGGCUGCACGGCCAUUGGGGACAACGAAAACAUCACCAAUAAUUGUUCAAAUGCUCCAACAGCAACAAUUAUCACAAAUACAAAUGCUAAUAAUGUUUCAAGUACAGCACUAACGCCAAUUAUUAAUAACAACACCAUUAUCAGCAAUAAUAAUAGUAUCACAAAUGGACCAAAUUCCGAUUAUAAUGAACUUCCAAUAGUUAUAGCUCAAGCUGCCGGGAAGCCGUUACGCGAAGCCAUUGACGAGUUUGAUGAAUAUUUGCGUAUACUGUCGUUGAGUGACACCGAUUUUAAAUUAAUAACCGAUGGUCAAUUGCCUUUACGUCAGUGUUUACAUCGUGAGGCAUGCGUUAAGGAAAUCGAGUUACCCGCUUAUUAUAAUAAGUUUUCUGAUUUACGUAAAGAAUUCAAUCAUUUCAAGUCCGGCGAUUUAUCGCGUGCUCUAGUGCCCGUUAAAGAUAUUAAAAAAAUAUUGCAAUUACCGGCAACACAACUGCCGCAAAGUAUAGCGGAAAUGGUGAAAGAAUUAAACAUUACCGCCGGCGAUGAUAGUGAAUUUUAUAUGAAGGAAUGUCGUGAUAUGAUUUUGAUUAUACAACAUUUGCUCAAAGCAGGUCAUAAAUUUAUUGCAAACGAAACUGUGAAUUUGAUAUUAGAACCUGGUAUUUGCUCAAUUGAUGACGAAAUUGAUGGUAAUUGCAUUGUGAGAGCUCGUGGUUUACCCUGGCAGAGCAGUGAUCAGGACAUAGCCAAAUUCUUUCGAGGACUUAACGUAGCUAAAGGUGGCGUAGCUUUGUGUCUGUCGCCAUUGGGUCGCCGAAACGGUGAAGCUUUGAUACGAUUUAUAUCGCAAGAGCAUCGCGAUAUGGCUUUGAAACGUCACAAACAUCAUAUAGGCAAUCGUUACAUCGAAGUUUACCGAGCCACGGGGGAAGAUUUCCUAUCAGUGGCCGGUGGUGCCUCCAAUGAAGCACAAGCCUUCCUCUCGAAAGGAGCUCAAGUGAUCAUACGUAUGCGUGGUCUACCUUACGACUGUACUGCUAAACAAGUGCUGGAUUUCUUUACCAACGGUGAAAAUCCUUGUCAAGUUUUAGAUGGCACUGAAGGUGUAUUGUUUGUAAAGAAACCGGAUGGUCGUGCGACGGGAGACGCGUUUGUUUUAUUUGCUAAUGACACUGAUGCGCCAAAAGCAUUAGCUCGUCAUCGGGAAUCUAUAGGUCAACGUUACAUUGAAUUAUUUAGAUCGACUACAGCGGAAGUACAACAAGUUCUAAAUCGAUCCUUAGAUCCAAAAACAUAUGAAGCUAUUACUCAUCAGCCACCCUUAAUAGCUCAGCUACCGCCCAUGCAACUUUCGUUAUUGCCUCAGCAUCUGAUUACAUCCGGCACUACGAAGAACUGCAUACGCUUGCGGGGGCUACCUUAUGAGGCUUUAGUUGAACAUAUUCUACACUUUCUCGAUGAUUUUGCCAAACAUAUCAUUUAUCAAGGCGUUCAUAUGGUGAUUAAUGCUCAGGGUCAGCCUAGUGGUGAGGCUUUUAUACAAAUGGAUUCGGAAGAGUCUGCUCGAUUAUGUGCGCAACGUAAACACCAUCAGUUUAUGGUAUUUGGUAAAAAAUACCGCUACAUAGAAGUGUUUCAAUGCUCAGGUGACGACAUGAAUGCCGUUUUAAACGGUGGUUUACCGUCACCGGUACCAGCAGUCCAAACGCAUCCUCAUUUGUCGGCUGGUAAGCAGCCUUCUCUAUUGUCACCGGGUAUGUUAACACAACAGCAGCCGCCCAACGCACAAGCUAUAAGUACUCAUACGCAUGCCCAUCACACUCACGCUCAUGCUCAUGCUCAUGCCCAUGCUCAUGCUCAUGCUCAUACUUUGCAAUCACCGCCCUCGGUAGCGGCGGCAGUAGCCGCGCUUUCACAUCCUCCACACGUAGCUAUGCCUGCGGGAGCUGCUGCGGCCGUAGCCGCCACUCCCGGUAGCAUCUCCCCGUUUUUAACAGCUGCCGGGCCCCCCACUACCGUAGCACAUCCUUCCUUGGCCCAUAGUGCAGUAGCGGCCGCCGCAGCGGCCCAAACUGCUGCUCUGGCUAGUCCCCCUACCCAGUUGCAAUUACCGGCGGGAACAGCUUCGGCUGUUAGCCCUCAAGCCGCCAUGACAUUUCCUUUUAAUUUGUCUUUACCUCCUCCACCUUCGGCGGCCACUGCUGCCGCCAAUUCUGCUUUAAUAGCCCAACAGCAAGCUCAAUUUAUAGCUCAACAUAAUUUAUUGGCACGCCAACAAGCCGCUGCUGCGGCAUCUGCAGUUGAACAGCAUUCUCUCUAUACUAACGUGAGUCCCUUAUUUAUGCAACAUCCAGCUUCCCCAGCAGGAAGUUUGAGUACGGCAGCCAGUGCGACGCAUGCCGGACAUCCACAAUUUGUCUUUAUGCCGCGUCCUUAUUUUCAGCCCUUUCAAUUAGGUUAUAUGACCACAGCUCAGCAGGGCUAUCAGUUUAGCGGACUUAUGCCGCCACCGGCUGUUGCACCCAGCGGUAUGCAGAUGGCAGCGGCAAAUGCUGCAGCUAGCGUAGCCAGCAUACCACAUUCAAUGAAGCGCAGUUACGAAAGUGCUUUUCAACAAGAAGCUACGGCAGCAGCCGGAGCAGCCAAAAGAGCAUUAACAAGGCCACCAGGUAACAUAUAUUCGUUCUAUAAUCCGGGAGUUUAAUAAUGUCGAACGUGUCAGAUAUGUUGUACGAUUGUUACGAGUGAAAGAAUUUCAUCCGUCAUAGGCUGUUCUAUUGAACGCCUAAUUGGCUAAGAGUAGCCUUGAAAAUUCCGUUUUAUUUAUAGAUAUGACAUUCCCCAAUUUUGCCAGCUAAGCUUUAUUCAAAGCUAUUA